GCGGGCGCUGCCAGCGGGAUGGGGUCGCGCGGGCUCGGCCUCGCCGCUGUGUGACGGGUGGACGGUAAAAAUGGUGCAGAAGUAUCAGUCGCCUGUUCGAGUCUACAAGUACCCUUUUGAGCUUGUCAUGGCGGCUUAUGAAAAACGGUUUCCCACCUGCCCAGAGAUCCCUGUGUUCCUGGGUAGCGAGAUCCUUCAUGAAUCCAGGAGUGAUGAUGGAGCCAUUCAUAUCAUCGAAAGAAGCUGCAAACUGAAUGUAGAUGCCCCCCGGCUACUGAAGAAGAUUGCUGGUGUAGAAUUUGUCUUUUUCAUACAGAAGAACACUGUGAACUGGAAGGAGCGAACUCUCCUCAUUGAAGCUCACAAUGAGACCUUUGCCAAUCGUGUUGUUGUUCUUGAGACAUGCAGUUACUCGGUUCACCCGGAGAAUGAGGACUGGACAUGCUUCGAACAGUCUGCAUCCCUGGACAUCAAGUCAUUCUUUGGCUUUGAAAGCACUGUGGAGAAAAUAGCGAUGAAGCAGUAUACUGCCAACAUCAAGCGGGGCAAAGAAGUGAUUGAGCAUUAUUUAAAGGAACUGAUUUCUCAGGGAAUCACAUUCAUUCCCCGAUGGACACCUCCACCCGUGAGCAAGGAGGAGGAGAGGACCCUGACUGUUGGACGUGACCUUGACCUUGCGUCAGAGGAAUCCUGUGCUCAUGGAACUACCAAAGAGCAGACCUGCAGCUCCUGUCUGCCGGCGGAGGCAGCCAGCCCUGAUGCUGACAAACUGGAUGCUGAUUACAUUGAGCGGUACCUGGGACAGCUGACUCCAAUGCAGGAAAGCUGUUUGAUCCGACUGCGUCAGUGGCUGCAGGAAACGCACAAAGGAAAGAUCCCCAAAGACGAGCAUAUCCUUCGAUUCCUUAGGGCUCGUGACUUUAACAUUGACAAAGCACGGGACAUGCUCUGCCAGUCACUGACCUGGCGCAAACAGUACCAAGUGGACUACAUUCUGCAGACCUGGAGACCUCCACCCCUUCUGGAGGAGUAUUACACUGGAGGGUGGCAUUACCAGGACAGAGAUGGCCGCCCCCUAUACAUACUUCGCCUUGGGCAAAUGGAUACAAAAGGUUUGGUGAAGGCCCUGGGAGAAGAGUCACUCCUACGACAUGUACUGUCAAUUAAUGAGGAAGGACAAAAGAGGUGUGAGGAGAACACCAACCUUUUUGGCCGCCCUAUCACAUCCUGGACAUGUCUGGUGGAUUUAGAAGGGUUGAACAUGCGCCACCUCUGGCGGCCUGGUGUUAAAGCCCUUCUUAGGAUAAUUGAAGUUGUAGAGGACAAUUACCCUGAGACUCUGGGGAGGCUAUUGAUAGUGCGAGCACCCAGGGUUUUCCCUGUGCUAUGGACUCUGGUUAGUCCCUUUAUCAAUGAGAACACCAGACAGAAGUUCCUCAUUUACAGUGGCAAUAACUACCAGGGUCCCGGAGGGCUUGUAGACUACUUGGACAAAGAUGUGAUCCCAGACUUCCUUGGAGGAGAAUGCAUGUGUAAUGUCCCUGAAGGUGGGCUCGUCCCCAAGUCACUUUAUCAAACAGAUGAAGAACCAGAGAACUCUGAUCACAUCCGAUUGUGGACAGAAACCAUCUAUCACUCUGCAUGUGUUCUCAAAGGAGCUCCCCAUGAGAUAGUUGUGGAAAUCUUGGAGGGUGAAUCUGUGAUCACCUGGGACUUUGACAUCUUGAAGGGAGAUGUGGUGUUCAGCCUCUUCCACUCCAAGAGAGCGCCCCAGACCUAUCGCAAAGAAACUACUUUACCAAGUACUUCAGCUGCUGGGGACAAUGUGCAGCUGAUUGAUAAAUCUUGGGUUCUGGGGGUGGAUUACAGCCGUAUGGAAUCCCCGCUGGUUUGUCGGGAAGGAGAGAGCAUCCAGGGAUCUCAUGUGACCCGUUGGCCUGGCUUUUACAUUCUCCAAUGGAAAAUGCAUGGCCCUUUGCCCUGUACUGGCACCAGCCUUCCUCGUGUCGAUGAUGUUCUGGCCUCUCUGCAGGUUUCCAAUCACAAGUGUAAACUCAUGUACUACUAUGAAGUGCUUGCAUCCAAGGAUUUCAGGGGAUCCAUGUCAAGCCUGGAAUCUUGCAACAGUGGCUUCUCCCAGCUCAGCGGAGCUACCACAUCUUCCAACCAAUCCCAGAGUAGUUCCCAUGUGUCCAGAUAGCACAGCCUCUGCCUCUGCAGAUUGCUGAGACUUUAUACUUGGAUUAGUUUGACUCCUCAAUAGCUGGUCUGUUGACCAAAGAACCUGCAAGUGAAUAGUCAUUCACAAGACCACAAGUGGCUGCAGUCACAGAGAAGUUUCUGAGAGCUGUUUGAAACCUUUUGUCAGUAAGAGACUGACUUUUAAAUCUGCAAACUGAAUUCCGUAGCAGAUGCCUGUUUAUCAAUUUUAUUUUAACAACUCUGUUUUGGGGUGAUUAUCAGUUUGCAUGGAUCUGUGUAUUACUGAGAUUUCAAGGGCUCUUUCCAAUCAGUCCUAUUUCUACCCAAGGUAGAGGAGACUGAUAUUGCCUUAUCUGUUAUGACCGUAGACUAGAUGAGUCAUGUGUAGCAAAACUAGUCUAGUUUUUCUGGGUGCCUACUGUACCGUUACACAUGACCAGGUAUGGUGGGUACUGGAGGAACAGGGAUUGGAAACAAGUUGUAAAUAUCUUAAUACAGUGUGGUAUGUUUUGGGGAUCACUUCCAAGCUAAUCCAAACCUGAGACCUCUCGCAAUGGAGUUGGAUGAUUAUGGAGAUGUUGCUAGGAGAUACCUUUUUUAAAAAUACAGUAAGACCCCAAAAUUGAAACAGUGUUUCCUGAAAAGCCCAAGCGGAGAACCUGCUUUUCUAGCAGGCAGCUUCUUUAAAGAUAGACACUGUUUAUUUUCUCUUUCCUCAGGUUUAAAAGCAAUAAUGAGUAGAUCUCUGACCAUCCCGCACAGUGGGAGGGAAGUGAGUCGCACUAAAAGGGCUAAGAAAAGCAAUAUUUUAUUUCGUAAAGGCACAAAGUUUUAGAGCAGCACCACAGGGGUUGCUUCUCAAAACCAUGGGCUAACCUGGAGAAGAGAGGAACUCUCUUUUGUAAAGUGCGUUUGCGUAUUUAAACACAUAUUUAUUCAAAUUAUAGUCACUUGUUUAAACAUUUUUAACUUAUUUAUAAUUUCAGUGAGGCAUUUAUAUAUAUAUAUGUAUGUAUGUAUGUAUGUAUGUAUAUAGGUAGGUAAUUUAUUUAUUUAUUUAUUUAUUUACUUACUUAUUUACUUAACCUAAUUGAUUGCCUUUUUAAUGAGCUGAACUUCAGGGUUUUGGGGUUUUUUGCUUAAAAAGAGAACUACUGAUCAUCUUCAAUCCUACAGCUCUUACUCCAUUUCUAACCUUUGUGAUUGCUGGGCAUCUUGAUGUAUAAGUGCUGUAUUGAUUGUACAUGUAGCUGAUGGUGAGCGCUGUCAUCUCUUCUGUCACCGAGAGAGGGAGAUGUGAGCAGGGACAAAACUUGUAAGGGGAAAAUGCCUCUUAAAGAUACGUAGAAAGUAUCAUUCACCACCAAAUGGAUGCAUCACAAAGGGUAAUACCUUUAUAACUCAUGUCAGAGAAAUUAAGUGACAGAAAAGUGUACCCAUGUUCUUUCCUCAGAUAAUAAGAGAUUAGAAAAAGCACUGUCAAACACCAAGCUGCUGCUGGGUGAUAUUUAAAACUAACAGACAUACACAAAGUAUUCUUGAGGCAGGAGUUCACUUUCCCCCUCAACCUGCCAGACCAGGUUAGGAGAGAUCGGAUGGAUGGAGGCUGAGAGUAGAUCCCUGAUGGUUCUCUGCAUCUAUUUUCUCUUCCCUCUGUCUACUGGUUUCUAAGCAAAAAGUAAAAACAACUUUGAUUGAUAAUUGAAUUGUGGUAAACAAUUUAUGUAGACUGUAUUUUUAAAGGGACCUAACAUAGGAAGUUGAGUACCAACAGGCAUUUUUCAACAGGAGUUGGGCACUUACCUUCCCUGUAGGCCUCCUUGAAGGUCUUAGCUAUAACUUUUUAAACAAUGAAUCCAAGUACCAUUUGGGUUGAUUUAACUGGUAAAGGAAACUCCAGUAAUCCCCUUCCCAUCCCAGGAAGGUGUAACCCCUUCUAAAUAGGAAAACAUACUGGGGGGAAUUUCCCAGGUAGUUUUCAAUGCUUGUCACUGUCACUGUUGAUCAGUGAGGAAUUUGCAUCUCUGUUGGGAGCUACAGUUUUAAUGGGACUACUUAACAAGGUUCCAGGUUGAUGCUAAGGAGGACAGAAAAUAUUGGCUUUGCUGUGGGAAACCACUGGAAAUCAAAUAGGAGUGUUGACCAAAGUUGCGUAAAUUACAAUCCUCUUUCUAAAAUGAUUCAUCAUCCUAUUUAUUCAGUUUAUCCUAUUAUUAUCCUAUGUACUGCAGUUUACUUUGUCCUGUUAAGAAUCUUUUCCACUUCACAGGGGAACGGUAUGCCCUACCCUUCUCUAGCUGGUUAAAAGUUCUAUAUCUCUUAAUUUUUGAUUGAUGAGCCUACAGAAGCAAGUAAAUUUGUGCACACUUGAAUCCUCUCCUGAGAAAUAGGAGCCGAAGGGUCUGAUCUGUGGAACGUUGGCUCCUGUUGCCUUCUCCACAUCGCGGGAAAGAGAAAAGUAAGAUAUCCUAGAAGUCAGCCUUCUGUUCACUGAUGAUCAUGUCUGAUGCUGCACUGUUUAAACUUUGCUGUGUGAAUUGUAGAUGUGGAACAAAGUAAAACUCUUUGAACCUAAACUUACAUUUAAAAAAAUUGACAUUACCCAUGUUGGAAAAUAAGGUGCAUGGUUUUAUAUUUCACAGCACGUUUUGUUGACUGGAGCGUGAGGUUGGAAGAUAAAUGUUCUGAGUUUUGUUCCUAGCUCCCCAUCGCUCCCUGUAGAUCCUUUAGGUCAGAAACUUCCGAAGCGGCCUCCAGUUUUGGGUGACCAUCUAUUGCUGCUUUGAGGGACCAAGUUUUGAUGGUGCUGAGCACCUUAAUUACCUGAGAUCAACGCAGGUCUCACUGCUUAGCAGUCCUGAGGGAAAUCAGGCUUGGGUAACCAGUUGGGCACUCGGAUAAGGUUAGUAGAUGUAAAUUUGGACCUUAACCUCUUAUUUCAGCUAGUCCAUUUGUAAAAUGUGUCUAAUACCUACCUCAGAGAGCUGUUGCGAGAUGUACUGUUUUAUAAAGUGUUCUGAGAGCCUGAAAGGAAAAAUGCCAUGUAGGGCAAGAACAGUAUUAUUCUGGCUAUAAUGGGGGGAGGAGGGGGAAUAUCUGGUCAUAAGUAGUCACGUCCAUUUCUGAAAAUGUGUCCUAGUUUAGGAUACACCAGAUUUGGGGGCUUUUUAUAUAUUAGGAAGAGCAGCAUUAUUAGCUUUGCAAACAGGCUGAGAGGGAUUUCAGUCCAACUGGCCCUGAUUGGCAGAGCAGUGAAGCAGCAUUCGUGGAUUCUUCCAGUCCAUGUACCAAGAGAACUGAAAUGUGUCUUCUGGGGCAUACAAUAAAGCACUGUUGUAGUCUGUGUCAGGGAGACUUAAGAGUAAAUGCCCUUUCCUUAUUUAUCCUCUCUAUGCAUUUCUCAAUAUCAGUAUUGUGGGAAGAGCAGGCCUGUUUGCACUAUUACCCUAAGAACUUGCAUACCUCGGUACCUUUCCCUAAAAAAAUCAGCCUUCUGAAAAUUGGGUUGUGUAGCUUAAGUGGGGAAGCUAAUUUUCUGUGCUGGAAUGGAGGAGGAAUGAAAUGCCCAAGUAAAAACUACACUGUUAACUCUUUGAUAGCUGCUGUGGAAUUGGCAUUAGUUUUUGGCUGAGCAGCCAGGAGUUGAGAGGGUUAACGCUGUCACUUUUGCCUAAGCAGUGCCAGUCAGGGUUUAGCCGUGUAGUUGGGAUCCCCUGCAGUCAGUAUUCAGCCACGGCUCUGCCAAAAUCAUUUUCCCUUCAUUCUGCCUUCCCCAAACACAGUGCAUUUCGGGGCAUGUGAUAUGCAGGGAAAUACGGUACAUGGUUUGUCUGGAAAAAUUCGGAGAUGCAGAUCUCUUUUGUCUUAUUAGUGUUCACUGAAUAAUUUUCAAGCUCUGGCAUGUUAGCUUGAACCAUUCAUUAUGUGUGUUGCUUCAGACCACACAUGCUGCAUCUACUCCCUAGUUAGGUAACUACAGGAAGAAUUUUCCAUCUACCAUUCAUUCUAAGGUUCAUGAAAUUUUGGAAUUUCUCACCACCCAGGGAUUGUUUAAAUAAUGGCUAAGGCCCCAGAACCAAUAGUAAGCCUCACUUGGGGUUGAAGCUGGAAAUAAAUUAAUGGACCUUGGGCAACUCUGUAAAAUUGGUAGCCCAGAUAUGCAGCCACACGAUACCAAGACCAAGCCCUGCAGGGAAAGGAUUUGUCAAGCUCUUUCUCUGUUUCAGAGUAAUUUCUGGAACUGAUAUGUGACCUUUUGGCAUGUUAAUUCCACGAAAAAUGAAUGUAGGACCAAAAUUGAUUUGACAAGAUGUAGUCAAUGGUUUAUAAGUACCUCCCCCCAAUGGUUUAUAAGUACUUUGCAAUUGACUUCUCCCUUACCGACCAGUCUGAACCCAGACCUUUCAUAUAACACUUCAGGCCCCUUCCCUUUAAAAUGCCUUGGAGAUUUUGUUCCUCUGUUUAAAGAAGUUUUCACUCUGGGAACAGGAUAGUGUCCUGUGUGUCAGCUUUCCCAUUCCCACUCCCUCCCCCAGUCUCCUGUGAAGGACCUAAGGAAGCCACCAAAAGGAAUAUAGUGAAAAUAAUUUCCUUGUCAUCUGUCAGUCCUUUUCAUUUCCCACUCUCUACAGCAGAGCAAACCAUGUCUGUUGCUCUUGCUAACCUGGAAUUUUAAGUUCCUUAGGUUCUAGUGGACUGCAUGUUGAUGGGUGUAGUAUGGUGACCAUAUUUUUAAGGAAAUCCGGGACACUGUUUCAAGUGAGGGUGGAGCAGCAUGGUGUGCCAGUUAGCUGGAAGGGCAGACACUGCUGCUGCUGUGCGAAAGCAAGACAGGUGCAAUAGAGCAGUGCCCAGCCAGCCCCUGCCUCCAGCCAUUGCUCAGCAGGUGGGCCAAGCACAUGCAGGUGGCGUGGCACCUGCUCCAGUCCACCUGCCUUGCUCCCACACAGCAGCAGUGGUGUUUGCCCGCCUGCCUGGCGCACCUGCUGGACUGUGCCCCAUGCCCCUGUUCACCUGCCUCUGCCUGUGGCAGUGUUGCUGACUUGGGGAAAUUGCAGGGGGACACCACUUUCCCUAAGGUGAGCUCUGCUGCCACACACUUGUGUGCAGCAGAGUUGGUAGAGAAAGAUGAGAUGAUGUUAGCUGGACUAUUCUGGGACUUGUGUUUCAAUUUUCACCAACCGGCCAAGAUACCAGGACAGCCUGCAAAUCCAGGACUCUCCUGGCCAAAUUGGGACAUAGACAGCAUACAAGAGGAUUAAGCCAGUAUUAGCCUCUGAAGAUAGGGCAAGGCAUGUUUUUGUUUUCUAUUAACUUGAUCUCUUCCGAUCUUGAACAGGGUGAUGGUACUAGACUGGAUGAAGCUAAUGGACUUACAUCAUUUGAACAGCUUUUCCUUUGCACUUAAAAUUCAAAAGCACAGGUGUCAAUUUUAAUCAGUGGCCAUUUGUUUUAAGAAGGGCUGGUCAUGUCCUGUCAUGUGGACUUGCUCACAUAUAUGACUUUGCUGCUGAGCUGCAAAGUAAUUUUAAACUGGUCAUGUUCAUUGCAUUUAAAAGUGGUAGGUGGGAAAUGGGCCCGAGCCUGCAAGUCCUGUCUACUGAACUCAGGUGCUAUGUUCUCACCAUGUGUUGACAUACCUGCAGCAGGAAGGUCACAGCGGUCCCUUCUUUCAAAAAAGCAUUUAAUUUCCUCCGAGUCCUUGUGCUAACAGUUUCUAAGCUGGGAGCUAUUAAUUGCAAAAAAUGUAGAUAUUAAACUCUCUUCUUCAAAGUUUAAGACUGAAAGACUAUAUGAAGAGUGUUGCUGCUGCUGGUUUUGUUCUCCCAGAAUGAAUUUGUGAAAGUUCUUAUAACCGUCCAUAGAGCAGGUUAACUGUCGGCACUGACACAGGCCAAAGUGGUGUCAUGACAGUGAAUCUGUUUGAAUGGCUUUGUAAGACUUACUUUCACACAGUUUGUCUGGAGAGAGUAAAUGGGCAUUAUUAUUUAGCAAACAAAGGUACUACCUUUCCCACUCACCUGGGAACCUUCUUUACUUUUUUUUUAAUAAAAGGUUAAAUUUUUGUCAAGGAGAAAAAUCUUGUUUUGGGACCUCAGAGCACACUAAUAAAAUGCAUGGUGCUUUAUAACAAAUUACUGGGCAGGAAAUCUGAUGCUAAAGGUACAUUUAGUUAUGGAAAUUGUAAACUGGAGUUACAAGCUGUACAUUUCUGCUCUCCAUAUUUCUGUAACUUGCAAAUAAAGCCAUCUCAAAAGAA